CAAUUCGCACUCUUCACUCCUUCCCUGCCCAUUUACUCUCUCUCUCUCUAGAAAGCUUGUGUAUAUUUUCCUCUUCUUCAAGAGCUCAAAUGCUCCAUUAAUGGCUUCUAGCCUAAAUCAUGUACCGUGUAUACACCUCCGAUAUUAAUAAAAAUUUCCCGUUGGCAAGGUACCGCCAAAAAAGGCCCGUGGUUUUCUCCCGAUUUGGGUUUCCACGUAAAAAUCCCCGUGUUUUAAUCGUUUUAGCCGGACUAAAAACGAUAUACCGGUCGAUAAUUUACACCAUCAUUUUGGCGUCACCCGUGGGACCGAGAGUUUACCCAUUGAAUACCAUAAAUGAGAGAGAGAUCAAAUAGAAAAACAAGGAUGGCUACACGAGAGAAAAGAGAGAGGGGGAGCAUGAUACUUUUUUUUCUUUCCUCCCCACGCCAACAACAAAAAAAAAAAGGAAAAGAUACACAAAAGCCUAUUGUUCGAAUAUUUGCAGAUGGAGUGCUGCCAUUCCUCAAAAAGGGCGAUUGUUAUGCUAAAAAACACCAUCAACCUGCUGCUACAAACAAGCCACAGCUAACGGAAGGAGCAGGAGAUCAAUGCGAGAAGGAGCCAAAUUUCAUCGACGUAUUUGCUGUCCAAUAUAUCGGUCCGCCGCAACCAUUGUUCCCGGGGUUUGCUUCCGCCAUUGCUCGGACGCACAACCUCCAUAGACUGAUUAAGCCGCCCAAGUCCAUCACUGCCGCUGGUUCUAAAGCUUGUUCGCAGCCGCCGUCACCGAUCUUCAGAAUUGCCGCUCGCUCGCCAUCACUCGGCCUUAUCCAAGGUUAGAUUUGGGCUCUACCCCGGUUGUGGUCUUAUGGAGCAGCCGCCACUUACAUUAACCGCCAUAUGAGGAAUCUCCAAAUCAUAAAAAAACAAAAAAAUCAGUGGCUAGAUCGUCCCAAUUUGAGGUCUACAGGAGCGAGUGGGUGCGAAUUUGCUUCCGCCCCUCGAAGAAUAAAGGUCCCCACCUAUCCCUUCUCUCUCCUGCUGUUUUUCCGAUCAAAAUGGUACAACCGGAAUUGGACCUCCGCGCCUACUCGAUGUCCCGCGCAAUUGCUCCACCGUCGGAGAAAGUUAUCGUCGCCGACAAAGCAGAUAGGCCGAUCUCCGAGGCGGUACUGGCCUGGGCUCUGUCUCACGCCGGGUGUCCCGGAGAUUGCAUUACGCUUCUCGCCAUUUUUACCAGAUCAAAAACCUGAAAAGAAAAGGUUUUGGCGGCUCCCUGAGCUGAACGGUGACUGCAGUAAUGACUGGGUGAACUCGCCGACGGAUUUGGUAGUGCAAGGGUCUAUCACGAGAGGAGGGGUAGGGCUGUGCACCGCCAUUGUUGCUAUAAGAGCUUUCCGGCGUUGUUUCUUGUAAUUUUCUCUAUUAGAACUUGGACCUACGCGCACCCUAGUUCGACAUACACACCGCCGAAAGAAAUUUGUUUGUAGCCGGCCACCAAGGAACCUUUUUUUUCUUCAGAUCUACAACCGCAGGGACCUUUGCCGUUGUUGCUGCCUGAUUGCACCAUCAGGGCCGCUAUUCUCGAGAGCUGUCUGCGGCUGAAGUUGCUAGAGUCCUAUCUUUAUCUCCGUCGCCAUUUCCAUCUAAUGCGGGAACUGGCCGCCAAUAACAUGCAACUACUAAUCAAAUGGACAAAUACAAUCUGACAAAGGGAGCCAUUGAUUCAUUGUCAAAGAAUCAAAUCUGGAAACUAUUGCUUCAAGGAUCUGAUUUUGAGGAAAAUUCCAAAUGCCUACACGUGGAGAUGUUGGCACAUUAAAAGAUGUUAAUAUGAAGGCACAAGCAAAUUAAAACAAGGAGUAAUAAACACUACAAGGUACGAAGCAUUGAUUAUUGAAAGCUUCACCACAUGUUGGCAGGCACCACCCAUGAUGCAUGAAUUUGGACAUCUCGAUCCAUGUGUGAUUUGAAGAUAAAAGGCCCACAACAAGUGGACCUUGUACAUGCACGAUCAAGGAUAUGUUUUCAAAGAAUUUUAAAGGAAAGACUGAGACACAGGCCCGGACCUGGCAUGCCGGUUACUACACCGGUCUUGCUCAGUAUAAAAUAAAAAAAUAAUAAACCCAGAAGAGGGGCCCGGAAGAGGGUAUGCCUGCAAGAGGGCUGGACCUGGAAGAAGGUUCGAACCGUACUUACACGGGCCCAUGAGGUUUGACCGGUAUCGGGGAAUCAGCCGAGACUGGCAAACUGAUUGGGGACUAAAAGAUGCCCAUUAAAAGAAAUAGAAGAGGGAUCGUCCACCGUGGCGCAUCCUAUUUCCCCCUUCUCAGGGAAGACUUGAACGGGGGGUGAGCUAAGGCCUUCCCGGGAUAGUAAAUAUCAAAGGGCCAU